AUGUGCGCUGCCGUCUAUGUCCUGUCUUCGGUAACGGGCUACGUGCUCACCUCUGCCCUGCUGCUGAAAUGUCCCAGUCUUCUGCACCGGAAGAAGCGAGAGAUGUUCCUCAGCAGGCACAUAUCCCACCGUGGCGGGGCAGGAGAAAACCUGGAGAACACCAUGGCAGCUUUCAGACAUGCUGUGGACGUCGGCACCGACAUGCUGGAGUUGGACUGCCACCUGACAAAAGACGAGCAGGUCGUGGUUUCACAUGAUGCCAACCUGCAGAGGGUCUGCGGCAUCAACGCCAACAUCAGCGACAUGUCCUACGCUGAACUCCCUCCAUACCUCUGCAAGCUGGGAGUGACCUUUCAAAAGGAGUGUUUCUGCGAGGGGGGUGAGGACAAGCGUAUGCCGCUCCUCAGGGACAUUUUUGACGCCUUCCCCAACACCCCCGUCAACAUCGACAUCAAGGUCAACAAUGAUACACUCAUCAAGAAGGUUUCUGAGCUGGUUGUUAAGUAUGACAGAGAGCAUCUGACCGUGUGGGGCAACUCCAGAAGUCAGAUUGUCAAAAAGUGCUACAAAGAGAACUCCCAAAUUCCAGUUCUGUUCAGCUUUCCCAGAGUCCUGCAGCUGUUGGGUCUCUUCUACACAGGCCUCCUGCCCUUUGUUCCCCUCAAGGAGCAGUUUCUGGAGAUCCCCAUGCCCUCUAUUAUGACCAAAUUAAAGGAUCCUGACCGAUUGUCGAGGAGUCAACGAUUUAUCGCCUGGCUCGCAGACACUUUGCUGAUGAGGAAAGCUCUUUUUCAGCAUUUAACUGCGAGAGGCAUUCAGGUCUACAUUUGGGUGCUGAAUGAUGAUGACGACUACAGAAGGGCGUUUGAUCUGGGAGCCACUGGGGUCAUGACAGAUUUUCCCACCAGGCUUAAAGAGUUCAUGGAUCGGAAUGGCAUCCCUAAAUCCCAGUGACCCGUCCAAUCCUGCCUCGGCCCUUUUCAGCAUGUGAUGAUCCUUCGAGCUUGCUGACCUGCCAGACCGGCGCUCCACUUUCACGCCCUUUCACUGCGUGCAUUUCUGCAGCGCUACACCAGUACAGGCGUCUCGAUGCAGUCCUGGUGAUAAAAAUAUUUUCUAUUCAGUUAAAAGUCCUAAAGGGGCACGUCUGCAUUGAAUUAG